UCAUCCGUGUCAGGAAGAGGAAUUAGCAAGUUAACUCUCGACAGUGAAAAUAUCGAAAUUGUGAUUUGUUCAGAGACGGCUGAAGAUGUUUGCCAAGUUGAAGGAGAAGAUUCAGAAAGAAGGCGGCAACGUUAGCGAAGAGAAAAGCUUUCUGUCACUUCCCCAGCCUGGACACGCCAGCCCGGUAAAAGCCAAUGUUAGCCCAGUUCAGAGUCCUCACGGCAAGAAUGGAGUGCCGCCGGUUGAUGGUGCUAACAGCGGAGCAGAUUCUCCUGCCGGGAGUGUCUUUGGUGAAGAGACGUCAUUUACAGAAGACUGUUCAUCACAGGAGGAGAUGGCAACUCUGUUACUGAAGCGAACGGAGCAGUGUAAGAAGCUGGAAGCCAAAAUCAGUGAAUAUGCAGCAGUUAUCAAGGAGAAAAACAAGACAAUUGACAAGUUAGAACUGGUAGUGAAGAAACAUGGGGAAGUGACGGCAAAGAAACUGGAAGAACAAAAUGAGAAGUUUCAGCGUUUAACAGCGACAAUGGUGGAGAAAUUUGAAAACGAGUUAAAGAAAAAACAGCAGGAACUCCAACAAGCGCAAGAGAAAGUAAAAAAUGCAGAAAUAUUUCAAAAGACGCUUUUUAAGCGUGAAGAAGAAAAUGAUGAAGUUCAAGGUUUUACAACUCAAGAAUUGGCUAAAGUUAAACACUUGCUUCUCAUUGCGGAAGAAGAUUUGAUGAAAGGUAAAAGUGACCUUGACUUCAAAACGAAGCAGUGUGAACUGUUUGAGAAAACAAUAAAGGACCAGGAAAGUGAUCUAGUCGACAUAAAAGAGAAGCUGAAAGAUUUAGAGACAGAGAGUGAGCGAUUAAGAGAAGAAACCAUCCAGCACAGUAAAGUGGUAGAUAUCAUGACCAGGGAAAAGGCUUUGUUUGAAAAGAGACUUGAAGAAGUGAACUCGGAACUAACAGAGAAAAUAAAUUACAUUUCCAAAAGAAACAUAGAGUUUGCUGACCUGGAGAAUGAACUGAAAGUUCUUCAAAGAAAUGCAGAUGUUUACCAAAACAAAACGACCUUGUUGAUAUCAGAGAAGGAUGACCACAUCGAGAACCUGCAGGAUCGGGUUACGUUGUUGGAGCAGAGAGUUCACGAUCAGACUCUGUCAGGUGAUGAGAGGCACAAGGCACUGGAAGCAGAGAGAGACAACCUCGAACAUCGGUUAUCCGAGUCGAGACAGCAACUGUCGGAGAUCAAAGUCAGCUGGAGUUCAAAAAUCACACACCUGGAAGAACAGAUAUCGCACCUGAAUACCAAGAUAAUGGAGGAUAGUGAUGAAAAGUCUGGCAAUGAGAGAGCAACGGAAGAAAUGAGAGAACACUUCCAGAAGCAGCUGGAAGAUCUUCGACACCGCCUGCAAGAUGCAGAAAAACGAGUUUUAGAGAACUUUGAAUUGGCCAGUCAGAAGGACCGUCAGUAUGAAAAAGAGAAGAAUGAGUUGGAGAGCUUGUUGCAGCAGUCUAAGCUCGACUGGGUGGUGAAGGAGUCCCAGCUGAGAGGGAAGAUCACGUCACUCGAGUCGCAGAUAUUCGACAUUGAGUCGGCGCGUGAACACGAACGCAGCGAAGUCAGCCAGCAGAUUGCUCACUUUGAGAGUCGGGAACAGGAGUACAUAGAGAAGCAGCUACUAUUUGAGAAGGAGGUGCAGGGGCUGGAGGCGGGGUACAGCGAACUGCAGGCAGAAAUCUCACACCGAGCAGCUGAACUCGAGUCUCACAGGAAAAACUUAGAAGCAAAGACCAGGAGCGAAGUGUUCCUCAUAGAGAAGGUUUCUGAUCUAGAGCGACAACUUGAGGAGUUGAACGAGAAGUUUGAAACUGUUCACAAAGAUUCCAGACUCCAGCAAGUGGAGCUCACAGAAAGUGAAAAAGACAAAGACUCGUUGUUGGUGCGGAAUGCCGAAUUGUCACAGCAGAUGGAGACGCAUCGUCAGCAGACCGUGGAGAGACAACAAGAGUUACAGGACGAGAUCGCCGACAAGUCUCAGACCAUUGACAAGCUGAGGCUGUCGGUGUCACAAUUUGAAGAGAAAGUAUCAGAGUACAAGUCACAGAUACAACACUUUGAAAGUGCCCAGACCCAGUCUAUAGAAAAAAACAUUGCCCACGAUGAACUUGAGAAAACUGUAAGGUCAUUGCAAGAUCAGAUUGCAGAGAAAAAUAAGAUGUUGAAGAAACAGGAGCAGACACUGAAGGAUCUCCGGAUAACCCUGCAGCGCGAGUUAAAGGUGCAAUCUCUGCCGAACGAUGAGUCCUCGGAGCUGAGGGAAUCGUCCAACUCCCCAGUCACCAGCAGGAAGUCCGACUCGAACCGGCGUUCGGACCAGUACAAGCACAACGCGUCUGAGCCGUGGAACAACCCGCAUCUCACUCAUAAGAACCAGAUGGGCGACCAGUCGUAUGCACAGGUCUCGGCCGCCGCCCUCGAGAGUCAGGACGAUGCCAAGCUGAAACGCGGCAUGGCGGGGAUACGGCAGGAGCUCGACAAAGACGUUAACUUCCAGUACCUCAAACACGUCAUACUCAAGUUCUGUUGUAGCAGGGAGGCGGAGUCACUUCAGCUGAUAAAGGCGCUGUCCAUGUUACUCCACUUCAGCCGUGACGAGCAGGAGUUGAUUAAACAGACUCUACAAUGGAAAAUGUCAUGGUUUGGACCGAAACCACGCGUAGGUCAAGGUCAGACGUCUAAAAUCAUUCCUCCUUCGUACUGACGUGGAGAGAACUACCGACCACCAGUGUCUUUCAUACAACAGUGUCAUCUCCAAAAAGUGCUGAAAAAACAUCAUCAUUUAUUUAUUGCUAUUGUGUCCAUGUAUUCAGUGUCUUCAUAAUGUGGAAAUUACAGUGUAUUUGACAGUAUGGUAUCCAUAUACUGACAUUGAUUCAUAAUGUGGAAACUACAGUGUAUUUGACAGUAUGGUAUCCAUAUACUGACAUUGAUUCAUAAUGUGGAAAUCACAGUGUAUUUGACAGUAUGGUAUCCAUAUACUGACAUUGAUUCAUAAUGUGGAAAUUACAGUGUAUUUGACAGUAUGGUAUCCAUAUACUGACAUUGAUUCAUAAUGUGGAAAUCACAGUGUAUUUGACAGUAUGGUAUCCAUAUAUUGACAAUUUCUUCAAAAUAUAUAAAUUAGUAUAUCACAUGAUAUGAUAUCCAUAUAUUGACUGAUUUCAUAAUGUAGAAAUGACAAAGUGUAUUUGAUGAUAUGGUAUCCAUAUAUUGACAUUGUCUUCAUAAUGUGGAAAUCACAGCAUAUCUGAUAUUGUAUCCAAGUAUUGACAUUGAUUAAUAAUGUGGAAAUUACCCUGUAUCUGAUGGUAUGGUAUACAUAUAUUGACGCUGUCUUCAUAAUGUGGAAUUUACACUGUAUUUGAUAGUAUGGUAUCCACAUAUUGACACUGUCUACAUAAUGUGAAAUUUACACUGUAUUUGAUGGUAUGGUAUCUGUGUACUGAAAGUUUCCUCAUAAAAUGGAGAGUCAGUGUAUCCGAUAAAUGUUUGACACAAACUUACAAUUCACCGAGGCCUAGUGUGUCUUCAUACGGUGGAGAAAUAGUCGGUGAACCUGACAAUAGUGUGUUUGAAGUGUGUGGUUGUGACGGUCUUGUAUUAAUAUAUUGAAACUGUCUUCUAGCAGAAAAUAUACCAAGGAUGCAUUUACAAGACAUUUCAAUGGUGCCAGUGUCUUCAUGUGUGGAAAACAAACAAACCAAGUUUUAUGUCAUUGUUAAGAAGAAGACAAACAAUCAGCAAAUAUUGUUGUAUAGGUGAAAUAUUGUUCAGUAAUCAUCAAGACGGAAAGAGUGUUCUCACUGAAGUUGGAAAGUGUUGGUGUUAGUUGGAUCGCUAUGAGACUGAUGUUUUAGAACACUGUUUCUAGGACUUAUGCAUAUUACUAGUUUUGUAUUUAGGGGCAAGAUUCACAUAGUGAAUUCAUUUUAUUAUGUUUAAAUGAAUAAAGCUGUGAAUAUGUAUAAAAGAUGUACUGUACCAAGUACUGGUUGGCCAUUUACAUAUCUAACUAAAGCUAUGUUGUAUUUUGAUGAUGUAAUUCUAUCAUUUUGACAACAUAGCUACUGAUACUAUAAAAGAAAUGAAUAUAUGUUGAGAUGAUUUGUAGGAUCACAACAAUAGUAAAUAUAUAUAGAGAUUAUUAUACGAGCUUGUGUGUCGUACUGAUUUUACAAAACAAGUGUCAGAAUUUUUGCAUUGCCCAAGCAAAAGCGAGGGUAAUACAUAAAUCCUGACAAGAUUUUCGUAAAAUCAGUAUGAAUAACAAGGACCGUCUCAAAAUGUUUUAAUCACAACUAGAAGGAGACGACAAAAUGACGCCAUAUUUCACAUGCAAAGUUAUUACACGUGUGCUUCGUAUGAUUAUUAUUAACUCGGUUAUGUUGAACCAUGUGAAUAAUAAAGCUGUAUAUGACCAAUUUCAGAAAAUAUUAUGAACCAUAUCCUGCCAAAAGACUUGACACAGUUUUUAAUUGGGAAGUUUUUCCCCCAAAAAUGGCAGAAAUGUUUUAUAAAUUGAAUGAAAGAAAUAAGAAAGAAAGAAAUGUUUUAUUUAAUAAUGCACUCAAUACAUUUUAAUUAUAGUUAUAUGGUGUGAGGUUUUAUAAAUUGAAGUUAUAAGAUGGUAUCACACAAGACAUAAUAAUAUCACCUGUUUGCUUCAGAGCUGGUAUUCAUUUAUAUGUUACCGGUGCAAACAUUCACAUGUAAGUGAUUUUAGUCAUUAGUGUGAUUACUGCAUUUUAAGCAAAAUAAAAGAUAUAUUUUAUUGAUAAUCAUUGAUAAGAGUAUUUUUGAUACUUGUUAAAGUGACUUUUAGAACAUUUAAUGAUUGACAAGAUGACUAAUUGGUGGUUCAGCUGAAUUUAAAGUUGCAUAACUUGACAUGCAAACAGAAUGAUGGCAGAUUUCGCCAUUUAAGGGGAGCUGAAUCUCUUGCUCCCUAUCACUGCCCUGAUAUUAGUUCAAGGAGUAAUUUUUAGCUCUCCUUAAGCAGUGUUCUCAUGCGAUUACUCAUACCAACUUGUUGUAUGCAAUUGAAUCAUUUUUGUAGGGCUGACAAAUCGCAUGUGACAAGUCAAUGCAAAUAAUGGCCGCUUUAGCACGUGGAUUUAUAUGGUAUCGGUAAUAUCUUAAAUGGCUCCCCAUAAUCACUCCCCUCACUUGUUUUUCAUGGAAUUUCAUAGAAUUUUACUGCCACUUUCUCUCCUUUGACUUCCAUCUAAUUUCUUUCCAAUCUGGCAGCUUCUCCAAUCUUUCAACUUCUUUUACUGUUCACAUCCCAGUCUUUGUCUUUCCAACCACAAAAUAAUUAUAGGAUAUUAAACAAGCUUCCAUUUUGUAUCAUGUUUAUGUCCUUAGUGAAAUAAAUUUCACUUGUCACGAGUUUUAGCAAGUGAUAAUAAAAAUUAUUUCAAGAGGGACAUCAACAUGAUACAAUAUGGUAGCGAGUUUAAUAUUCUAUUUAUUAUUACCCAUAAUCGAUCUUAAUUUAUAUCACUCAUUCCUGUAAUGUUGUAGUACGCCAAUUGGUGACAUCACAAAGUAUUAUGUCCCAACUGGUGUUCUAGUGGGAUGUAUCACUUUGAUAUGUACCAAGAUAUUUUUAACCAUAUGGGUAAGCAAUAUUUCAUAUGUAACUGGGAGAGGAAUAAUUUUUGGAGGUUUAAAUGUUUUUUAAAUACCACAUCCAUUCUCAGUCCUGUUAGGCAUCAAACAGGUUAAUAUCAAACUACUGAGCUUUGUCUCCUUGUCAGCAUUAAUAUAACAUUCAUUCAUCUGUUUGUUCAUUCAUCCAUAUACUUUCAUUCAUUCAUUCAUUCAUUCAUUCAUUCAUUCAUUCAUUCAUUUAUACAAUGACAUUCAUUCAUUCAUUUAUAUUGAUUCUCUUACAUCCAUUUCUUCACAUGCAUCCAUUUAUAUUCAUUGAUUAAAAUGUGUUAAACUUGUUGUGUGUUAUCUCCGGAGAGGUUAUUAAUCUCUUCAGCUGGUCUUGGUUUACCAUCAAUUCCAAUAUGGUCAACCUUUUUAUUGACCUGUACUUCUGUCCAUGAUUUCAAAUAACAGAAAUACCUUCUUUUUAUUCUACUAAAUUUUUCUCAGUACACUAUGUACAUUUACCAAAUGAAAAUCAUGUUACUUGUGAUUUUUAUUUUCCUACCAAUAUAUAUGUAUGCAAACUAUUACUACAGAUAUACAAUUACCAAAUGACAACCAUGCAAUUGGCGAUCUCUAUAUUCACAAUAUAGACUUUUGUACAUAUACGUGUACUUAUUAUUAUAUAUUAUUAUGUAUGAACUAUUACUGUGUAGCCAUACAAUUAAAGGCCUAAUUACACAGGAGGGCUGAUAUGGAAAGGGUCGAACGAAAAGCAAUAAAUUGUGUGGUUGAUGUAAUUAGACACAGCAUGGAAAACCUGUCAAUAAGUUUUUUUUACUAUUAUAUGAUGAGAAAGCUGAUAGAAAGAAAUUUCUGUUGGGUCUACUUGAAAGAAAGUUGUACCAAAUAAAGAGAGUGAUUGUACAAUGUAUUGGACCAAAGAAACAAUAACUUGUAUUUACCCAUGGAAUACGCCACGAAAUAUAAAGAUAAUCAUGUUAUAAAGUAUGUGUAUGUCUUUGCAUGUUUAUAGCAAUAUACAGGUAUGUACACACAUUAGAGGAGGAAGAAGGAAAUGGUUUAACGACACACUCGACACAUUUUAUUGACGGUUAUAUGGCGUCGGACAUAUCAUUAAAGACCACACAGAUAUUGAGGAUGGAAAGCAGCUGUUGCUACUUUGUGGGCUACUCUUUUCGAUUAGCAGCAAGGGAUCUUUUAUAUGCACCAUCACAUAGACAGGAUACCACAUACCAUGGUCUUUGAUGUACCAGUUGCGGUGCAUUGGCUGGAGCGAGAAAUAGCCCAGUUGGCCCACUGACGGGGAUCGAUCUAAAACCGACCAUGCAUCAAGCGAGUGCUUUACCACUGGGCUAUGUCUAGCCCCUAUCAGGGGAGGAUGCAGACUUUUUCAAGGGAGAGAGUGCAAUGUUUAAAAAGAGCACCAACAAUACUCAAAAAUAGGCUUAGCAUAUCCAUAUGGCAAUCUUCCACAGAUACACCAAACUGACCACAUAUAUAUACACAUGUGUAUCCAUAGGGCAAUAUUCCACAGAUACACCAAGAUACACCAAACUGACCACAUAUAUAUAUAUACAUGUGUAUCCAAUCUGGCAAUCUUCCACAGAUACACAAAACUGACCACAUAUAUAUACAUGUGUAUCCAAUCUGGGCAAGUGCCGUUGUAUUAGAAUACUAGAAAUUUGUUUUGUUUGUUUAUGUAUAGUAUAUAUAAAAACAUAAACAAACAAAACAAAUUUCUAGUGUUCUAAUACAACAGCACUUGCACAGGUUGGGUGAAAUCUUAAUUUUUCUGUGUAACAUUUUGUAAAAAUCUCUUCGUGUUCUAUUCAUAGCAGUUUUGUGCUUUUUUGCUGGAUUGUUCCUCACUCAUAAUAAUUGGAUCUAUUGAACAGCACUAGUUUUUCCUUCCUGCUCUUCAGUGAAAUUAGGCCUUAACAAACGUUAACAAUGUUACCUGUGAUCUCUGUCUUCAUAAUACAAUUUUACACAUGUAUAUUACAUACAUGUAUAUUAGGAACAUCCAAAAAGACCAUUGCCGUACCUGUUUUCAUAUGAACAAGGUCAUUUGUUUCAUCAGCAUGUUUUCAUUAUGGUCACAUUGUACCUUAGUGCAUUUAGUAUGGCCCUUGGAACCAAAUCUAUCCCCUCACUGCAACAUAACUUUUAGUUUAAGAAGUAGAUAAACGUUUGAGUGCAAGGUCAUGUCCAUAACAAGGGUGGGGUACCAACUUGAAGCCAACUUCAGUAGCUGGUGAAACAAAAACAUGAGCUGUGUAAGCUGACACAUUGUCGAGCAGACUUUUUCAGCUCAUCUGAAAAGCUCAAGCUUGUAAUUCCCACUUAUGGUGAUACCUUUAUAAAAAAUAUUUAAUUAUCACAAUUCCUUUAAAAUCCAAUACAACUGAAACCAUAAGUUUCCCCACAAAAAAAACCUCUUUUGAUUUGCUUUGGAUGACGUGAGCUAGUGCUGUAGUCACACUGGAAAGAAAUCUGUUUUAACCAAUUUUAGAUAUGAAGUGUAUUUAUUUGAAAACUAUUAAAAAGUGGCUAAUUUAAACAACAAUUUAUCAGCCAAAUACUAAAUUUUGUAGCCACUGUGUAUAAAAGUUAGCAAUUUUCAAAUUUGGCGAUGGGCAGAGUGAGCCCUGCUAGUGUGCUUUCUUGUUUGGUUUCUCUAUCAACAGAACGAAAUCUGGUCUGGUGCUUAUAAAACGUUGAGUCUAGACUCGAGACUAAUAUAUUAAGAGUCCAACAUGUGAAUGUCAUGGCAGCGCCAUACAAAUUAUAUGUGUGUGACGUCAUUAGAGAUUGAGUCUGGACUCUAAAAGUUUUUAAAACAUGGGGCCCAGGUUUUAUCUUGUAUAAUUAAAAACAAAAUCUGAGUUUUUAAUUUUAAUUUGUUUUUAAGACGUCACAAAUCUAUAACACGGAGACAAAAACAUAUUUUCAAGGCAGCCCAAACAUACAUGGAUGAUGUAUUUCCAUUUCAGUAUGGGACUACGUGACAACCCAAACAUACAUGGAUGAUGUAUUUCCAUUUCAGUAUGGGACUACGUGACAACCCAAACAUACAUGGAUGAUGUAUUUCCAUUUCAGUAUGGGACUACGUGACAACCCAAACAUACAUGGAUGAUGUAUUUCCAUUUUAGUAUGGGACUACGUGACAACCCAAACAUACAUGGAUGAUGUAUUCCCAUUUCAGUAUGGGACUACGUGACAACCCAAACAUACAUGGAUGAUGUAUUCCCAUUUCAGUAUGGGACUACGUGACAACCCAAACAUACAUGGAUGAUGUAUUCCCAUUUCAGUAUGGGACUACGUGACAACCCAAACAUACAUGGAUGAUGUAUUUCCAUUUCAGUAUGGGACUACGUGACAACCCAAACAUACAUGGAUGAUGUAUUUCCAUUUCAGUAUGGGACUACGUGACAACCCAAACAUACAUGGAUGAUGUAUUUCCAUUUCAGUAUGGGACUAUGUGACAACCCAAACAUACAUGGAUGAUGUAUUCCCAUUUCAGUAUGGGACUACGUGACAACCCAAACAUACAUGGAUGAUGUAUUUCCAUUUUAGUAUGGGACUACAUGACAAGGCUUUGCUACAAGCUUGCUCAUUGCUGUCAGUUGAACUAUCUCGGUAUCAUUCAAGCCUGGGGUACACGAAACCUGCAGUGUAUGCCGGGUAAUCAUUCCCCCAUGUGGGAUCAUACACUCGGGAGACACACACAUAAUCGAACCUGUGAAGUGGGUGAAACUCAGUGUAUGUGGCCUUACAUUGAGCCUAUCUGUGUACCCACUCUUGGUUGGAAUUGGUACGGGAAUUUUAAAAAAUCACCCUUUUCAUCUUGCAUAAUGAUUUGACUUAUAAAUUAUAAUUGGUCUUCCAGAAAAUGCAUCAAAAGAGAAGUUAAAAUAUCGAGUCUGCAUCGUGGUACAAAACUGUCUAAACUGGACCUUGAACAAACCAGAAUACUGUCAAAACCAACCAAGUUUCUUGGUACCAAAUUUUCUAAAUUCUAAAAUACGACCCUCUAAACACCGGAUCCUGUCUAACUAGGAUAAAUAUUAGAACCUAGCGUGAUCUGGUUUAGACAUGUUUCACUGUAGUAGUAACUGAACACAGUGUAACUACACACACCGGAUCCUGUCUAACUAGGAUAAAUAUUAGAACCUAGCGUGAUCUGGUUUAGACAUGUUUCACUGUAGUAGUAACUGAACACAGUGUAACUACACAUAACUUAUUUAUAAUGUGUUUCACUGUAGUAGUAACUGAACACAGUGUAACUACACAUAACUUAUUUAUAAUGUGUUUCACUGUAAUAACUGAACACAGUGUAACUACACAUAACCUAUUUAUAAUGUGCUCAGUGGUAAUAUUAUAAAUUACCAUGUCAUCAAUAUUUGAUAGUUUUUAUCAGUUGAUGUUUGGAUGUCCUGACUAUUAAUUAUUACAUACAUGCAGUUAACAGAUGCCCAUCAUGUUAUUUGUGAUUUCACUGUUGUGUUUGUAUACCGGUAUUAUAUUUAUUUUUGGUUGUUGUUUUUUAUGAUAUAUGCAAAUCCAUGAUAUAAAUUGAUUGUACUUGGUGUUGUAUAUGAUCCCUUUGAUAUAUUUUAAGUACUGGAAAUGAAUUCUUCUGACAUGAAUCUAUGUUGAGAGGGCUCAAGAUGUAACCAUCUUCAGUGUUAAUAAAACAUCACCACCUGU